CUCCAUUGCAACCGAGUCAUUGAGAGCGUAAAAGUGCGAUUUUAGGUGAUGAAUCCAUAGCAUACAGAAGAUGACCGCUAUGUUUGUCAAGACGGAAGCGUCCCUUUGACAUAAAAAAAGAUGCAGGCCACAAAGGUGAUCAAAUCGAAGCCGGUGGAGGCCCCGAGAAAGACCCUCGAGCGCAGCAAACCGCCGAAGGUACCGCCGGUGGACGCAGCACGCAGGGAACUCAAAGUUCCUGCAGUACGUAGAAGCCGCGCGGAGAGCUGCCCGCGGUGUCCCCCUCGGGAGGGACACCCCGGGCCCCACGGCACCGCCUCGAAGCCCGGCUGCGAGAGGAGGUCCCGCUCCAGCGCACCGACAACCACCGCGGACCGGGACCACCGGAGGGGGACCAGCUGCUCCGCGAGACCCGCGGCGGUGGCGCCGAAAUGCCGGGAGAUGAGCGCCGGUCCCGGUCAGAGGGGAGAGCUGCGGGGGGUCCGGACUGAGGCGAGGCGCGCAUGUGAGAGUCACAAAGCUUUCACCGUCAUCCCCCCAAACCCCAAAAGGAGAAGAGAGAUCCAGAGAAAGGCGGAGGCGGAGCUCGCCGCUUUGGAGGCGCUUCGACUGAGCAGAGCGAUGGCUUAUGUCUCCAUUGACCCCAGCAGUGUGGGUGGCUAUUUGAGUCUGGAGGAAGUUCGCUUGAAGCAGCAGCAGGAAAUGAUGGAAGCAAAAAAGAAACAGAAACCGGUGAGUAAAGGUGUUUCGGAGCAACCAGCUGUCCUGGAAUGUUGAGUCAACUCUCCUCGUCUCGUGUGGCAGCUGAACUCAAAGUGUCGUGAUUAUCUUCACUAAAGACUAAAUGUCAAUAAAUAAUGUACAGAAAGACAUCAUUUAUAUCAAAAAGUGGCUCACAGAAUAUAUGUUUUGAUAACUGUGGUUCAGUGUGUAAUGUAUUUUUUAAUAUAAAAUGUAUUUAUCAAUGGUUUGUUCAGUGCAAAUUACAAAUAUAAACAGGAAACCCAAAGUUUUUUUUGUAGCAUUAAUGAAGGCAGCAACACAAAUGUAUCAAUAAACCCUGAAUGAGGUCAUGAGUUAAUACCAAUCAGGCCUCGUUAGGAAGUGGUUCCCACAUUUAACUUUAACUGGCAAUGCAACAUGUUACUAUCAAGUGUUCAUUGUGCAGAUGUAGGCAGCCUUUUAAUAUUAGUAAUCUUUCUGUCAGUCUUAAGGAAUUUUAUAGGUAUUGUCUUUGUAUUGUGGUUUAUCAUUUGAAUCAUAUUUCUUUCCAUAAAUUAAAAGUAUUUAUUCUGUG